CCGCUUCCUCCUCCUCUUCCUCCUCUGCUUCCUGCUCUGCUUCCGCCUCUUCCUCCCAUCACCAUGCAGAGAUUCCUGCCCGUGCUGCUCCUGGCCACAGUGGCCGCGGGGGAUGAGACCCGGAUCGUGGGUGGCCAGAAGUGCCAGAAGAGGCGUCACCCAUACCAGGUUGUUCUCUUGGGCCCCCAGAAGAACAUCCACUGCGGUGGGGUCCUCAUUGGAAGAUCCUGGGUGCUGACGGCCGCCCAUUGCGACACUAAGAGCUCCAUUCCCAUCCGCAUGGGUGACCACAGCUUGAAGACCAAGGAAGGGACGGAGCAAUGCAUCUCCUCAGCCAAGGCCUUCAUCCACCCCAACUACAACCCCACCAGCCAUGACAGUGACAUCAUGCUGCUGAGGCUCCAGAAGCCCGCCCGAUUCACAGAGCACGUCCACCCUGUGGCUUUGCCCAAGAGGUGUCCGCCCCCCAACACCGAGUGCGUGGUGUCGGGCUGGGGCAGCACCAGCAGCCCCGAAGGUUACUUCCCUGAUGUCCUCCAGUGUGGUGUGGUCUACACCAUGGCCAACGAGGAGUGCAGCAGGCUCUACCCCAAGGGCAUCACCAAGAACAUGCUGUGUGCUGGUGUCAGCACAGGUGGCACUGACUCCUGCCAGGGUGACUCAGGAGGUCCCCUCGUGUGCCGGGACGAGCUCCAGGGCAUCGUGUCCUGGGGGAUGCAGGUCUGCGGACAACAGGGCAAGCCCGGGGUCUACACCCGCGUGUGCGAGUUCACCUCCUGGAUCCAGGACACCAUGAGGAGGAACAGCCACGCCACCCCAACCCCUCCCCAUCUCCUCCCCUCCAUCCACCACCUCCGAGGUGAGGCAAGUCCAGGCGGUGCCGGAGAAGCUCCCAAGGGAUUAAGGGAGCGUCUGGGCGCCCGUGGGACGCCUCCAGCUCAGCCCCGGGGUGGGCCUUGCCCCGACGCCCUUAUAAAACCCAUUGGGUGCUCACGUGGGGUGGGACGGGCACCCAAAGGUGGCCACGGAGCCCAGCAGAUGCCGCGGCCACCACCGAGGUCUUCGCUGGCCACCGAGGAGGACAAAGGCGAGGGGCACGGCCCCCGGCCCCCGCUGGGGAGCAGUGGGGACCCACGGAGAGCAACAUCGAUGGUGGAGGGGGAGACACGUGUGGUCGGGGGCAUGGACUGCGAGCCCCAUUCGCAACCAUGGCAAGUGGCCAUCUUGGACAUGUACAAGCUCUACUGCGGUGGGGUCCUGGUGGACAAGGAGUGGGUGGUGACGGCGGCCCAUUGCACCACGCCAGGGAUCACUAGCGUGCACAUGGGCAAACACAACCUGUACACCCGGGAGCGCGGGGAGGUGCAGAAGAUGGUGCAGAAGAUGGUGGCCCACCCCAGCUAUGACCCCACCACCAAGGACAAUGACAUCAUGAUGAUGAAGCUCCUCACGCCCGUCACCAUCACCGACAGGAUCAAGCCCAUCUCCGUGGCCUCCUGCCUGCCACAGCCUGGGACCACCUGCACCACGUCGGGAUGGGGAGCCACCACUUCCCCUGAAGUCACUUACCCGGACGUCUUGCAGUGCGUCAACGUCACCAUCUUCUCCACGGCCGAAUGCCACCGCCUGUACCCUGGCUCCAUCACCGACAACAUGCUCUGUGCCGGCAGCCUCCAAGGUGGGAGGGACUCGUGUCAGGGUGACUCUGGAGGACCCCUGGUUUGCAACAGGAGCCUCCAAGGGAUCGUGUCUUGGGGCAUGGAGAAGUGCGGGCAGCCCAAGCGCCCCGGCGUCUACACCAAGCCCCCAUAUGAACAAGUGGGGGAGGGACCCACAAUGGCUGCGCCUGGAGCCCCCCCCCUGCUACUGCUGCUGCUGCUGCUGCUGCCCCCCAUGGGUGCAACCGCUCCUCAAUGGGGAGGCCGCAUCCUGGGGGGCUCCCCAUGCCCCAUGGGGGGCCAUGCGGGGCUCGUGCUGCUGCUGUACUUUGGCUCCCCCUACUGUGGGGGGGCGCUGCUGGGACCCCAGUGGGUGCUGAGCGCAGCGCAUUGUGAGGCCAGCCACAUCCAGGUCCUGGCUGGUGCCCACAGCCUCUCGGCCUCCUCGGGCCAGGAGCAGUUCUCAGCGGCCGUGGCCUCCAUCGCCCACCCCGGCUUCGGCUCCGGCAGCCGCGGCCAUGACCUGAUGCUGCUGCGCCUGGAGCCCCCCCUCAACCUCUCCAGCGCCAUCCAGCCCCUGCCCCUGCCCCACGCCCCCGCCGACACCGGCGCCAACUGCACCGUCAUGGGCUGGGGCACCACCACCAGCCCCCAGGAGACCUUCCCAGACACCGUCCAAUGCCUCAACGUCUCCGUGGUUGACGGCACUGAGUGCAGCUCUGUCUACGGCUCCCAGGUGACGCAGGACAUGGUGUGCGCCGGGGCCGACGCCGGAGGCAAGGACUCCUGCCAGGGUGACUCCGGGGGGCCCCUCAUCUGCAAUGGGGUCCUCCAGGGCAUUGUCUCAUGGGGGGACCACCCCUGCGGGCAGCCGGGGCGGCCGGGGGUCUACACCCGGGUGUACAACUACGUGCCCUGGAUCCUGGAGAGCAUGGGGGAGGCCUGA